UAAGCAGACACGGAAGUCAACAAGGGGUGUUGGACUACGAAAAAACAAUAUUUAUUUUCAUUCGGACUCGAAUCUAAUCUCUAGGCCUAGUCUAGAUCUAGAAUCUAGAUUAACUCGCUUUAUUGGCUAGGUGUAUACACUUUCACCUAUUUCACAACAGCACUAGCUUCUUUGACUUAGGAAAAGUAAUCACCAGCCAGCAGCCAUGUCAAGACAGCAGUUGCAGCAAAUGCUGUUUUCUCCAAAUGAUGAACGUUUAAUAACUAUGAUCUCCGUUGCAAAAAUGCCUCGGAAAACAAAUCUUAAAAAAAGAAGCAGCUUACUUUGUGCAGUCUUAAAUACAAUGGAAAGUCCUGCAAAAGUUUACAUUUAUCAUGUAAAAAAAGCUGACAGAGCAGAUGGUUUCAAGAAAAAAAUGUCAUGGCUGCUAAGAGAUUUAAAACAGUUUGACGGAAAGUCAGCUGAUAAGCAAACUACAGAUUUUGACCUUCACUUUUUUGACAAGACAAUCAAAUGGUCGGCAUCAUCAGUGGAAGAAAAAGAAACUUUUAUUUCAUCAUUAUGGAGGUUGAGCAAUAGAUUUCUGUUACAGCGACCUGAGUUUGUAAAUAUUCCAGAUAGGUUACUUGAAGAUAUCAAAGACCCCCAUACACUGAGAGAGAAGUCGCAGUCUGUUGAUGACAUAUCCAUAGAAGGUGAAGAUUACCAAGCACUUUCAACCAAAGAAGAAGCAGAUCUUGAACUGCUCAUGUCAGAAUGUCAAGUUGCUAUUAGCAACGCUGAAGUUUUCACAGAGCAGCUCUCCAAACAGUUAUCUGUUCUUGACGGGGCCAACAUUCAUUCCAUCAUGGGAUCUGAGGACCAAGUUUUAAACUUAAUGAGACUGCUAGACGAUGGCAUCAAAGAGGCAGAACAAAUAGAAGAGAAACUAGAUUCAUAUGAUAAGAUGCUGGCUAAUGUGAAGGAGCAGAUGGAGGUGAUGAGAGACAAAGACUUAUUGAUGACUGUAAGAAACAACAACCAUCAACGAUUGCUGGAUGACCUGCAAAAUUUGGUUAACCAGCUUGACCUUGACCUCAAACAUGUGCAAGCACUGAUGGACGUUGACCUGACAACACCGAAUGGAAUCACAGAGUGCACGGCUGCUGCCCAGGCUUUGCAUCGCUGCAUGAACGCCGACAUCCACCCAUCAUUGCUACGCAUGGGAGCUGUAGAAGAGCAACAGAAAAGGUUUAAAAAGAUGUCAGUCAAUUUCUCGAAGAAACUGGUUCAGCAUUUGAAUAACCUAUUUAUACAGCAGAAAAGUCAACAUCUAUUUGGCAAUGAGGUGGGUGAAACCCUGAGCAAGUUCACUGUAGAAAUCAGGAUGCCAAACCACAGCACCAUCCACAGAGAGCUGGUCAUCUAUGCUGACCUCAUGCUGUGGCUGAAGAAUUCAGAUGAGUCAGUGUUCCAGAAGCUGUCAGCUGUGUAUAUGAACAGUUUAUGUAAGUUGUACUCAAGGGAGAUAUCAGAAUUUUUAGAGAGUGCCAAGCAAAGGCUAGGUGGCAACAAGGAUGGCAAAGGGAAACAUGCUACUCUGUCACGCCUCAGUGGAUCCACCACUAGCUUGGCCAAAAUAGACCACAGAGGUCGCUCUGGUUCAGUCCAAAGUAUUGAAUCAUCAGCUCAGAAAUCUAAUUCAGAAGUAGAUCUAACAGCUAAAGGGCUUUUUGAUCAGGUCCUUGAACGAGUGCUACACGAACUGGAAAGAGUCUGCAUUGCGGAACAAGAUUUUUGUUUCAAGUUUUUCCAUUUGAUUGAUAAGAAUGUGUCUAUGGAGGAGCCUCAUGGAAAAGACAAAGAUAGUUCUGUGGGUGCAGGUGAUGUUGAUGCUGAUGUUUGGGUUGUUAGACAAACCAAUUCCUCCUCAGAGGGUGAUUAUGUAACAGAAAAUCUGGGUGGAGGUCUUUUACAAAAGAGAGCCACAGUUACUUCAGAAAUGAGACAGAUAAAUGACCAAGUCAGAGUAAUGAUGGGAGAACUGUUCCCACAGCUGGAGAGUGAGCUGGACAAUUUUCUAACCCACGCUGACAGGCAGGACGGAAUGUACUCCAUGUACAUGUUGGUGAGAAUGAGCCAGCACGUGAUUAACAGCCAAGAUAUGGGCUCAUAUUUAGGCAAGACAUACGGAAACUGCUUGAUUAAAGUGAAAAGGAAUUUUGACAAAUUCAUUGAAUCAAUGAUGGCAAAUAUCAAAGAAACCAAAGUUUCCAAGAAAAGCAGAUGUGGCAUCAUUAGCUUUGUUCACAACUUUGAGGAAUUCACCAACCUUGCUGAGAACAUUUUUAAAGGUUCAGACCGCCAUGCUGAUCUUGAUAAAGCCUACACAAAAGUUGUUCGUAUCAUCUUUGAGCAAAUUGUUCGGGUGGCCCAGGAACACCAGAAGACACCAAAAGAAGUGGUGUUGAUGGAAAAUUUUCAUAGAAUGUUUUCCAUCUUGUCACAUCUUAAAAAUCCUUGUUUGGAAAAUGAUCGCAAGGAAGCUAAACAAAGAUACACAGAGAACCUCCAGGCCUACACAGUAAAUCUGCUAGGCAGACCCCUAGAGAAACUUCAUAUAUUUUUUGAAGGUGUGGAGUCAAAAAUCUCCACAGGUGUGAAACCUGAAGAGGUUGGCUACCAGCUGGCAUUUAAUAAGCAGGAGCUUAGAAAGGUUAUCAAAGAGUAUCCAGGCAAGGAGGUGAAGAAAACAUUAGAACAUUUAAAUAAGAAAGUUGAAAAACAGCUUUGUGAGGAGGAAAAUUUGAUUCAGGUGGUCUGGCAUGAGAUGCAGGACCUCUUCAUCACCCAGUACAAAUACUACGACAACCUCAUGAAGCAGUGCUACCCUGACUCCAACAUCACACUGGACUUCACCAUUGACAACGUCCUGCAGUUCUUCUCAGACAUUGCACAGUCACACUGAUCAGCUGUAAGCUCAGACAUUUCAGUCAGAAUUAUCAACUGUAAGCUCAGACAUUUCAGUCAGAAUUAUCAACUGUAAGCUAGGAAAUUUCAAUAAAAAAUUGUCAGCUUUAAGUACUAAAGUUCUUAUCAGCCAUUGCUGUCACAUUGAUCGGCUGUAAGCUCAGACAUUUCAGUAAAAAUCAUCAGCUGUUAGCCCAGACAUUGCACGGUCAAAAUGAUCAGCUGUAAGUCCUAAAGUUCUUCUCAGCCAUUGCGGUCACAUUUAUCAGCAAUGUACCAGAAGGCUGUGGGCAUCUUUAAAUUUGGACCAUAAUAUUUUGGAUGUUUGUUAUAUUCACAAUGCAGUCAUGUCUUAUGUCUCUGAUUUUAUCUUUAAGCUUGAGUCAAUAGGACCCUAUAAAUAAUACCAAAUUUCAGUCGGUUUUUUUUUUAAUUGAAGCUUCUUUAAAACUUUCUUUUCUCAGCAAUAAAGAACCACUACUUAGAAUAACGAAACAUUACCUCCCCUUAACGCAUCUUAAAAAGAUGUGAUAUGACAUUGUUGAAAUUCACCUGUUAAAUGAAUAUAGCACAGCUGACUUUGUAGGUUUACGGGUAACCCCUUUAGCUGGGGAGAUAAAAAGGUGAACCUAUUCAUGUAAAACAUUUGAAUACUGCUUUGCUUUGAGCGAAAUUUUUAUUUUAUUUCUAUAGGAUUUAGAAUUAUUUUAAUUUUUUAAAAAGUAUUUUUUUUCUUCCAUUUCCUGCUUAUUCACAUGUAACACUGACAGUUGCUGUCCCGUCCAAAUUUACUGACAUAGCCUGCUGUCAUCUUGUGUCAAAUGACAGAUCAUCUAGCCACUGUUAGGAUAACCUCCCUUACAAUGUAGGAUAACCUCCCUUACAAUGACUAUUGCCCUGACCCUUGAGUAACCCCUCUUCUAGUCACUGCAGUCCACGCCCUAUCACAUUGUGAAUACUCAGAAACAUGAAAUGGUCAUAAACAGCACUGAUCACACAAGUGUCAGCUGUUGGCUGGGUACCUUAGACAUCAAGAGAGGGAUUUGCUGAUUGUUUUAAGUUGUUUUGAUACAUCAGUUGUUCAUGUGCUAUUGGUGCACUAGUUGUUUGUAUGCUUUUGGUACACCAGUAGUUCAAGUGCUAUUGGCACAUCAGUUAUUUUGAUGCUAUUGGUGCACACAUUUGAGUGCUACUGGUACACCAGUAGUUUAAGUGCUAUUGGUGCACAUUUUAUUUGUGUGCUAUUGGUACACCAGUGGUUUGAAUGCUAUUGGUGCACAUGUUGUUUGAAUGCUAUUGCUGCACCUGUAGUUUAAGUGCUAUUGAUGCACAUGUUUGAGUGCUAUUGAAACACCUAUUAUAGUCACAGUUGCACAUGUAAUAUAUCUCUCCCAUGAAUAUACAGAUUUGUAAUUAAAAAACUGGAGGCAUUGCUGUAUAUAAAAACUGUAUUCCAAUUUGUAUUGUGAUAUUAACCCUCGGCUGUCCAUUUGUACAUUAUCAACCCUUGACUUUCCUCAUCCAUCUUGUUAAGUUAUACCAAUUGUGUUAAAUGUGUUAGUAAGAUGAUGGUUGAAAAUGUUACUUUUGUGUUCAUGUUAUAUUUGAGUGUAGGCUCUAGUUGUUGUUAGUGAUAGCUGCUUGUGAUGUUAUUUAUAACACUAGUUUUUGUUAUUUGCCUAUGUAUUAUACACUGUUUUUUUUUUAAUUUAAAAAUUUGCCUAUGUAUUAUUAUAAUUGAGUUAA